AUGACUAGACCAAAAGAGAGCAAUGGCGUGGCCUUUCUACCUCGCGAACUCUUUUGGAUGAUUCUAGGCUACCUAGAAGCAACCGAAAUAGUCCGAUGUCGCCACGUCUCGCGUGCCUGGAACGAAGCCUUUAGCAACCCGGCCGUCCUACUCGCACUCCUGAAGAAACAUUUUCCAUGGACAGAGGAAGCCAAAAGCCUGGGCUCAGAGACAGCAGUUGAAGGACAAGAUCAAGGCCGUCGUCUUUUCGACCAGGUCGCUUCACGAUACAGUCACCUCGAACGAGGCAAGCCCCGCUCUAUCCAGAAGUACCGCCUUUGCGAUGACUUUGGUAGUUCUGGAGACCGUGAAUGGUAUCAGGUGCAACCAUGGGAGUCGCAUGCCAGUCAUAUGAGGCGUUUUAUUGACCGCCAGUUCUCUGAGGCUUUAUGGACUUUCGAGAACGGCCUGCUGGUCUACCCCAGCGCCGAUCAUCAGUGUCUCGUACUCAUGGAUUUGGAAACGGACCGGCAGUUCAUGGUGCCGUUUAUUAUUCGUGGCAAGGUCGUUCGUCGAGUACGGCUGCAGAAGAGCUUGCUCGUCAUCGAGUGGGCUGAACCGAAGGCCUUCCACUGGUUGAAUGAUAGCGAUGGUGUGCAUCGUCACUUUGCGACCUCAUUUGAUGUGACAAGGGGUGAGAAUCAGGGCUGGACUAUUGUCCCGCGCAAUGAAUGGAAGAUUAUGUUUUUGGGGCAUCCGCUGAGCGAGCGAGAUCGGUUCUUCUCCUCUCAUAGCAACACUCACUAUGUGAUUUACAUAUGGCAGCCAAAUCGCAGCUUGUACACCGCCGACGAGGAUGCGCCCAUUGAGUCUUUGUUUGUCUGGGACAUAUCGAAACGAUCAUCAUAUCGACCUUCACUGGAUCCCACAGGACGACUGAGAGAUGACUCGCCUGAUGACUCUCCAUCAAUUGUGGCACGAUUCGGAUUCCGAGACCUGGAGUUCUUCGACAUCCGACAACGAGGCUGCCCAAGCAUUCAGCGAUUGGAGAUUACGGAUGAUGCCCAGGCGGUCGAAGUUACAGAAAACGUUUCCGUUGGGCCGGAAGACCAACCGCCCGACCUAUUCGGGCUUCCUCAGCCUGUUACUACAAGCAUUCCUCUAGUCGGAAAUGGGCCCCAUUGGCGCCGGGAUUUCGAGGGAGUUUUACCGCCUUACCGUGGGAACUGCAGCAUGCAGGCAGAGAGUAUGAAACUUGAUGGGUAUAUCAUGAGGGACCCUUGGUUUGGUAUCAUUUCUCAAGUGACUGUACUCGAGCCUCAUCUUGGAUUUUGUCUUCACUUUGAUACCUGGACGUGGGUACAAAAUCAGACUACCUAUUUGAGCAUCCAAACACCUCGCUCGAGCGUUACUUGUGACAAUUGGGAUUUUGUCGGCAGGGGGAAGCUCGCUGGUAGCGAGAAAUAUCUUAUGGGCGAGAAUUGCAAUCGAGAGCUAGUGGUUUACCGGUUUGAUAGAUGA